AUGUUCAAAAUAGUUGAAUUUUUGGAGACCAAUGAGGUCGAGUUGGUGCCUGGUGCUUGGGUAAAGGACAAUGUAUGCCUGUGGCCGGCUCUCAGAGGGAAGGCCCUAGAGACAGCUAUAAAGCAGCAAGUCAGUCCUGGGCCAGACUGGAUGACAUGGAAUAUUCGAGUUAUGUUUACAACUGAUAAUUAUCAGGAAGGGAGACAGAAAGUCCGGGAAGCAGAACGGCGAUCAGACCUUCAGUCAGAUGCAGAGGACUGCAGUGGAAGGAAAGCAAGGCGCAAAACGCCAAGUACCCGACUUCAAGAUGGUGCCCAUCUGACAGAUAGUGAGGAUGAAGCAGGACCUCAGCAGCGCAACAAUGGUUUACCCAGUGCUCCACAAGUUAGCCCACCGACAUAUGCAACUCUCCAUCCUCCCAUGAUCUCCCAUCAAAGUUCUGCCAGCCAAAGCCAAAAUGAAAUGAGACAUGAGGUUUGCCAGUCACCAUCCUCCACUUACUGGAAUGCAGACCAGGACCACAGGACCAGUGUGCAGUGGCAUCACCACUUUGAAUCUUCCCAGGGACAUCAGAAACAGCCAUAUGCAUGGACCAUGCAGAACAGUUCAAAAAGUGGGAGCUACAGUGAGAUGUGUGCAAGAACUGAUGCCGGUCAUCCAAGUACAUUGAUGGAUGGAACCCCACAAGACAGCACACAAAUCCAAGUCCCUCUUGUGCCUCAACAAAACAAUACCUAUCAUUCCAAUCCAUGGUCCCAGCCAGGGCCCACACCAGCGUGGACUCCACGAGCUGCAUUGGAAACCAUAACUUCAGUUCAUCCAUGAAGCAGUGGCCCACUGGGUGAGGGCGAUCAG